CAAGAUUUAAAGCUUCCCUCUUUAUAUUUAUUUUCUGUAUGAGAUUUUUUUUUCUAUUUAAUUUCUUCUGGUGCCUUUUCCAAUUCGCUGACAAUCCCCUUUCGUGGGGAUUUGUUCUGCGUGUGGACGCCAGAGAAAAUUUUGGCAUAGGAGAGAUCUCAGUGGAAGAGUGUCGGUGCUACUGUGAAAAUUACCACCUAAUACUCACUCCUCCUGGCCCUAUUAAAGUUAAACACCGCGUGAAAGAUCUCCUGGCUCUGUUCUGUGAGAUAUUUUUGGCUGAGUGAAAGUCCUGUCCUUUGACCAAUUUUCCAUGGAAUUUUCUAUCUCGUGAAAUUUUCCCUCCAUGCGCCCUCGUGAGACAACUUAAAGACUGCCACAUUUGGUGAAAAAGCUCUCUCUGAACAACAAAAGAAGUGCAUUUAGUAGGAAAUUAAUCCACCGAAUCUUUAUACACCAGAAGGAACCAAAAGGAGGAAAGGCUGUUUUUUUUCUGUGGCCAGAGUGAUAGAAAGUCCGUGGUGAGAGUUUGUGUUAGAAUUGAAAGUGACCCAUUGGCCUAGAAAAUUUUGAGGGAGUGAGUUUGUGAAAUUUUCAGUGGAAUGGGAGAGAAAAUCCAUAAAAUGUGCUCCAGAGAGACGCAGAAGGAGGACUGAGAGGAUGGACAUGUGCGCUGAUGGACGAAUGGCAGAUCUCUGCCUGCAUGGUCCAUGCUGCAUCAUCUUCAUGAUCCUGGGCGCCAUUCAAAUCACCUCUGGCAUCUACUACUACCUCACCAUUCCCGUGUUCAAGCUCAUCUUCAACAUUGCCAUUGGCUGCUCUGUGGUGGUCAUUGGGAUCUGUGGAGUCAUUGUCGUUUGCAUCUGCACAUCAUCAAUCAAGAAAUAUGAGAUUCUUCUCUAUUGUUCCACAUCCAUCAUCUUCCUCAACACAGUUAAUCUCAUUUUGUUGGAAUUCGGGCAAUUCCGGGAAGUUUUUCACGAUCCCGGCCGACCAGGAACUCUCAGGCUUCGCGAAGGACACUUUGAGUUCAUCCCAUCGGAAUCCGGACGCCUAAUCACUUCAGUUACUGCAAUUGUGAGUGUCCUGGUGGCCUUCCUGGAAUCCCAAAUAACCUUCUGCUGCCUCAAUCGAGUCCACCAUGCUCAGCAGAAAGCCCUAGCGGCCACCUAUCGCAAACGCCAAGUGGAACGUGGCUCAGAUCAAGAAUAUGUUCUGGACAAGAAAUCCAUAGCACCAGAACCACUUCCUGGUCACUCGCAGAAAAAAUCGAAUGGUGAAAGUACGAAAAUCGAAGUUUACGCACAAUCCUGGGUCUUUGAGGAGUCCAAUGCACUCGCAACUGGCAUGCCUCCUGAAUCUCCGGCUUCUAUCUCCUCCCCGGACGAGAAGAAGCAGCCCGUGAAAACCCACAGACGCCACAGACGCACCAAAAGUGGCAGUUCGCAGAUGGUGAGCUUCUCAAGAGCAGCAACCCCAAUCCCAUCGCCAGUUCCUCCAGAACACGACAGAUCACCAUUCGGAGGACAUGUGCGCACCAAUAGCGACUUCCUGGCCGUCACGACGCCCCGUCGGGAAGCCCGAAGCCCCAAUCGACCGCCCAAGAUGGGCUUCAAUGACUUCGACUCUGUCAUGAAGCUCAAGAGCAAAAUUGCCAACACCGCUCAAGCAGAUGCUUCCUACGCCACCCUCAUGGCUGAACUGGGAAGAUCUCUGAGCGGCAAGCAAGUACAUUCACCUGCUUAUUCCUCAGACGACAGCAUAGCCACCCUAACAGACCAUCCUCGAUCAAAUUCAUCAAAAGAAGAAUUUAGCAAAGAACUAGAAGCAGCUCUUCAACUCAUCCAAGACCUAGAAACACCCUCGGAAUGCCCUCCAACUGCCACAACUUUCGGUUAUGGGGAACUCAACAGAGCUGGCAGUGAUAAAACCCUGAGUGCUGUAUCCCUAACAGACUUCACGUCACCCGAUACAGCACCAGCGACUGUUUUUCCAGCUCCCGGAGGCACAUCCUAGGCAAGGUUCAUGGCUCAGUAUUAAAAUUGAAAGUCAAGGGAAUGGAUAGGACAGUCACUGGUUAGCCAAAAAACAUUUCGGUCUAAAUUAUAUUUAGGGUAAGUGUGCCAAAUUCCGGCCAGCUUGCAAUUCCGGCCACCUUUUUUAUUCCUCGAA